UAUUUCGGCGUCCAGUCCUCAAUAUCACCUAGAAUACCAUGUAGUACGUGUUGUCAUGUACGUGCGCACAAGGUUUAAAGAUUCAAAUCCCCACUCCGCUGCUCCAUAUCCCCGCUGUAUCCAUGCCCGACUCCUCAUUGUGUUUCUUGUGCUCGGCGUACGAGGUUGUCGAUUCAACUAACGGAAUACGACGUAUAAAAUAAUUCGAUUCGGAGAAGACACCAUGGGAAAAUCCAAGCAUAAACGGGACUCUAGUUCAGACAGCUCGUCGGAAAGAUCUAGUUCGAAGCGUUUGCUGAAACGUAUUAAACAAUUGGAAAAGAGAUUAGACGAUCGCCGUAGAGACAAAGAUGGCAAACGCAAACAUAGAUCCCGCUCUCUUUCUCGUGCAGAGAAAGGUAUUCGUUCUCGUGCAGAGAACGGUUCCACUGACCGAUCGCUUUCUCGUGCAGAGAAACUUCGACGGGUGGAAAGAGAUGAACAUUUGGAGCAAAGACGACACAGUAAGUCUCCCUCCAGAGUGUCACGUAGAUUUCGUGCAGAUUCUACGGACAAUUUCGCAACUACACCCCCUAUUGAAGUAGGUUCCGUAGAUGCAUACAGUGUUACAGAACCUACAGACGACGUAUUAGAUUUGAAUACAGAUGAGGAUACACUAGAGGAAGAGCUGUCAGAGAAUAUUUUACAUAUUCUCGGAAAUAACGAUCGUAAUAAAAAUUUGGAAACCCAAUUUGGAUUACAUGGCGCGAUAGCCCCCGUUUGGGAAAAUAUUUUAGUGAAAGGUUUCAAGAAGGAGGAAAUCGAAAACCUCCUGCAGAGAUAUGAAAUGCCUAAUAACCUCACAUUAUUAGCACCUCCAAAAUUAAACAAUGAAAUCACAGCCAUCCUUUCGAAGACAAAUGUUGCUCGAGAUGGAUCUUAUACAGAGAUCCAACACCAGGUUGGCAAAGGUCUAUGUGCCUUGGGCAAAGGAAUGAACCUUAUCUUGGCAAACAGGGAAAAUAUUCCUGAAGAGUACAAGACAACUCUACUAACCUAUUUGAGUGAUUCUAGUCGCAUUCUAGCGAAUGUUUUUCAUAGAGUGUCUGUGACACGAAGAAAUUUAAUAGCUCCCCUUGUAAACAAAACCAUAAGAGACCUGGUAGUCAAAUCGAACCCAGGAGAAUAUCUCUUCGGGGCAGAUUUAUCCGAGACUAUCAAGACUGCUAAAAACCUUGAGACUAUCAGUAGAGAUUUGAGACUGCAAAAUUCUUUCGAAUCUCGACGUAGUCAAAACAAAGGGGGGGAGUCAACUAAAUACAAACCCAAUCCAACCAAGAACACUUUAAACUACAGGCGCCCAGUCCGUCUUCUGGAAGAGACGAGGCAGAAAAAAGGGCAAUCUUCCAGACCUCAACGUUGGGAGAACCAGAAACAGGAACCGAGAAAGCACCAGAACGACUACUGGAAGAACCGUCGUUAGCUAAGGUAAGUGAGGGACUAGCUGGUCGCUUGAAGUUAUUCAUUAAGGAAUGGCAGAAAAUAACUUCAAACCCUGUUGUGCUUAGCUGGAUUGAAGGUUAUAAAAUUCCUUUCAACAGUCAACCUUUACAGUUGAAUAUCCCUAGUCAGAAAAUAUUUUCAAAAUCUGAAGAACAAAUUAUUCAGGAGGAAAUUAGUAGGUUACUGAAGUUGAAUGCCAUUCGGAAAUGUUUUCCUUUGCAAGGAGAAUUCAGAUCGUCUUUCUUUCUUGCUAAUAAAACGAAUGGAGGAAAACGUUUCAUUUUGAACUUAAAAUCCUUGAACUUGUUUGUAUGUGCCCCUCAUUUCAAAAUGGAAGACACGAGAACGGCGUCACGCUUGAUUACUCAGGGUUGUUAUGGCGCCACCAUUGACCUAAAAGACGCAUAUUAUCUUCUAUCUAUUGAUGAUGACUAUCGAAAAUAUUUGAGAUUUCUUUUUCGUGACACUUUAUAUGAGUUCAACUGUUUAUGUUUUGGUUUGUCAUCGGCACCUUAUACGUUCACUAAAUUGAUGAAACCAGUUAUUCAAACACUACGUUCCGAGGGAAUCAUAUGCGUCAAUUACUUGGACGAUUUCUUAAUACUUGGAAUCUCAAAAGAAGAGUGCUCUAGAAACGUUUUUAAAGCCUGUAGACUACUAAACUCCUUGGGUUUCAUUAUUAAUGAGGAAAAAAGUUCUCUGAAACCGCAAACCAAAUUCAAAUUUUUAGGUUUCAUUUUCGAUACUUUGGACCUUUCCAUCGAACUUCCGAUUGAAAAACGCAUGAGAAUCCUUGAGAAAAUAUCGAACCUUCAGAAACGUAAGGUAAUUAAAAUCAGAGAGUUUGCGCAAUUUAUCGGAACUCUCACAUCAGCCUGUCCGGCCGUCAAAUACGGAUGGCUCUACACGAAAAGGUUUGAAAGGGCUAAAUUUCUUGCUCUUGGCAAGAAUAACGAAAAUUUUGAUAGUUUUAUGUAUAUUGGGAAAGAGUUGACACCGGACUUGCAAUGGUGGUAUCAUAACAUAUUUUCUUCGAAAAAUUCAUUGAAAAAUGAUCAAUUUGAUUUAGAGGUUUUCACCGAUGCUAGCCUUUCAGGAUGGGGGGCGUACUGCAUGGGUGAGAGCACCCAUGGCUGGUGGUCAGGAAUAGAUAAAUUGAAGCACAUUAACUAUCUAGAGCUGAAGGCGAUAUUCCUUGGACUGAAAUUCUUCGGGAAAUAUUCUUUCGAUGAAAAGAUUCUCAUCAGAACGGACAAUACAACUGCACUUUCUUACAUAAAUAAAAUGGGCAGCGUGCAGCAUCCAGAAUUGAACGAGCUAUCUCGUCUCAUCUGGAAGUGGUGCGAAACGAAAAAUGUAGUGUUAUUCGCAUCAUACAUAAAAUCGGAGGACAAUUGGCAGGCAGAUAGGGCUUCACGCAUUCUACCUCCCGAGACGGAAUGGUCAUUAAAUAAUGACGCUUUUAAGACAAUUGAAAGAAAUUUUGGGACUCCCGAAAUUGACUUAUUUGCCUCUGCUAAUAACUAUAAAUGCAAAAAAUAUAUAUCGUGGUAUAGGGAUUCCGGGGCAUACGCUGUAGAUGCAUUCACUUUGGAUUGGUCGGCUUUAUACUUCUAUGCGUUUCCUCCGUUCGCCAUGAUUAGCAGAGUGUUACAGAAAAUUUCAAAAGAAAAAGCUGAGGGUAUAAUUGUAGUACCUCUUUGGAAAUCCCAAGCUUGGUACCCGCUUUUUCUCAAGUUGAUCACACAAUCACCAAUAAUUUUUGAACCAAAGAGUAAUUUAUUGAUCUCUCCCUACAGCAAUGCAGCUCAUCCUCUGGCAGACCAACUUACCCUGGUGGCCGCGAGAUUAUCCGGAAAGCCUUUAUAAUGAAGGGCGUACCCAGGGAGGCAAUCAAUACAAUACUCGGCUCACUUUCUACUUCAACCAUUAAUCAGUACAA